GCCUGGGCUCCCCUUCCCGGUCCCGUUGCCGUUCCCGGCCCCGCUUCCGGCCAUGCCCGAGGGACCGGAGCUGCACCUCGCCGGGCGCUACAUCAAUGAGGCGUGCGGGGAGCUGGUGUUCUCGGGCGGCGUGGAGCGCUCGGCGGUGGGCAGGGGCCCGGAGGUGCCCUUCACCAGCCAGGCCUACCGCGUCUCGGCCGCCUCCCGGGGCAAGGAGCUGCGGCUGCGGCUGAUCCCGCUGGGCCCCGGCCAGCACCAGGACCUCGUCUUCCGCUUCGGCAUGUCGGGGUCAUUCCGGUUGUGUCCCGCCGCUCAGCUGCCCCGCCAUGCCCACCUCCGGUUCCUCACCCGGGAGAGCCCCCCGCGGGCUCUCUGCUUCGUAGACCCCCGCCGCUUCGGGUCGUGGCGGCUGGGGGAUGCCUGGCAGCCGGACCGCGGACCCUGCGUCCUCUCCGAGUACCAGGCCUUCAGGGAGAACGUGCUUAAGAACCUGGACGACAAGGCUUUCGACAAACCCAUCUGCGAGGCUCUCUUGGACCAAAAGUUUUUCAAUGGAAUUGGGAAUUAUCUCCGUGCUGAGAUCUUGUACAGGCUGAAGAUCCCUCCCUUCGAAAAGGCUCGGACUGUGCUGGAGGCCCUGAAGGAGCAGGAGCAGGCAAAGAGGAAGAAGAGUCCUUCCCUGACACUGAGCAAAAAGCUGAAACUGAUGCGGGGGAGCCCGGAUCUGCUGGAGCUGUGCCACACGGUGCCCCUGGAGGUUAUUGCAGCAGAGAAAAAUCUCUUGGAGCCAGAUCACUCUGACAACUAUGCUGCCUUUAAGAACUGGCUGCAGUGCUACUUGGUGCCUGGCAUGAGCUCCCUGCAUGACCGACACGGCAGGACCAUUUGGUUCCAGGGAGAGCCUGGCCCCAUGGCUCCCAAAGGGCAGAUGCCUCGCAAGAAGCGCACUCAGGUGAAGGCAGAUCCUGAGGCUCAGACCCCCAAGGUCACCACGCGUGCCUUGAAACGGCCUCCCAGGGCUGCAGCAAAGCCUCCAAAACCAGCCACAGUGGAAGAGAAGGAGGAAGUGGCCGAUGGGCUGAGGAAGGGACGUGUCCUCAAGAGAAGGAAAGCAGCUGCUGCUCCAGCCUCGUCCAAGCCCAAGCCACCGGCCAAAGCCAGAAGCUGUCGGACAUCUGCACGCAGAGGCAGAGGCACAGCCCCUGCCAUGUGAAUGCUGUGUGCUGCCCUCCUUCCCAAGGGCAGGGGGACCUCAGGGGAGGCCUGGCCAGGGGCCUGGGUUAAUGCUGGGGAGAAAUGGGGCUGCUCCACACCUGCUUGCUAUGGGCUACAUCCUGCCAGUGCAGGAAGAAACCGAGUUUGGUGAUGGGGCCCAUUUAUCCAGCAUCUUCCUGCUGUCCCUGGGCUCUUGAGGGGAAUGAGGACCACAGACCACACAUUUUGCUGGACUCUGACCCUUCCCAUCUGCCUCAAGGUGGAUUCCCUCUUCCUUCUCCUCUUCCCCUUUCUGGCUGCUACUUGAAACACUGCUUUUAGCUGAUUA